AUGGCAACUAGGGUUAUUCCCCAGCCAUCUUGGGAUGGCUCUGCAUGUUCUAAAAGAGAGUGUGGUUUUGCAGUAUCAAGAGACACUGGGCACCCUCGCGCUUCCCCUUGGUCAGCUAUUGAAGAAGUGUUUCAUGCUUCCCAAGGCCACGUGAUUGAGAUCAAAAUAGCCCAGAGAGAGGGAGUCGGGACGCGCAGCGCCAGCUCGGAGGAGUCUAGUGGAGCAGGCCCCAAGCCGGCCGAGGAACUGGGUACUGGCCUGGCUCGUACUUUCCCCCGAGUGAGAACAAAAGAUGAUACAUGGAAAGCAGAUGACCUCCGAAAACAGCUUUGGGUAAUACGCUUAUAAUCCGACAGCCCAAAAGAAGAAAAGAAACAGAGAGAAAAGAAGCUACAUAAGGAGUCAGAAAUUGACCUACUUGAAUACAGAGAACGUAAAUACAAAGACCAAGACCGAGACACAAAGCAUAAGGAACGGACAAAUGAAAGAGAUGUGCACAUAUCUAAAGAGACUUCUCGAGGUGAGAGGGACAGAGAUAAACACAGGGAAAGAAAAAAAGACACAAAGGAUCGGGAACGAGAAAAACAUAAAGAGAAACAUCGAGAACACGAUAUAGAAAAGUCUCACAGUAGAGGAAAAGACAGAGAGAAAGACAAAGACAGAAAAGUUAGGAAAGAAGAACUUAGGCAAACCACUGCCUACCAUAACCUCCUGGGACGUGAGACACGUGACAAACAACUUACGGAAAAAGUAGACAGGAAAAUUCGUUCAGUAAGUAGAGUAAGAAUUGAAGAGAAAGAAAAAAGAGAUGACGAUUCAGAAAGAGAUGAAGAGAGAGAAAGAAGAUACCGAGAAAGAAAGUUGCAGUAUGGUGAGAGCAAAGAAAAUCCUCUCAAGUUUUGGCUUUAUAAAGAAGAGGGGGAAAGACGGCAUAGGAAACAGAGAGAUCAAGAUCGAGAGAAGAAGCAUGGAGAAAAAAGUAGCACAAGGGAUAAAAGAGAAAAAUUUCCCAAAGAAAAAAGUAAUUUGUUUUCUGAAAAGGAAGGGGAAGAAAGGCAUAAAGAAAAACGACGUAAAGAAAGUGUCCACUUUGAUGAAGAAAGGCACCGAAGUAGCGUGGAUAAAAAAGAAAGCUCAUCAAAAGAAGAACGUAAGAAAAGGGACUCCAAGAAUGGUGAACACAGAAGUCGAGGUUCAAGUUCAAAAAGAGAUGGAACUAACAGCCAGUUUAUAGAGAAUUUAGCUAGGAAUAAUGAAAGAGACACAAGAAAGAAGCACAGCUAUGAGGAAGGGUCAUCAGCAUGGAAGUUGGUUCAGAGGCACAGAAGUGAAGAAACUGUGGAAACUGAAAAGGAAGACAUUGAUUUAGAACAUGCAGGAGCUGAUGAAUAUGCAGCCAGUUUUGAAGAUGAUUUUGAAGACUAUGAAGAUGAUUUUGAGAUUUGUGAUGGAGAUGAUGAUGAUAUUGAUAGCAGUAAUGAGCAUGAACCCAAAGAAAAAAUUGAAGAACUUCCUCCAGCCAGAAAAAAAGAGAUACAAGAAAUUCAAAAAGCCAUUAAUGAAGAAAAUGAAAGGAUUGGUGAAUUGUCUUUGAAACGACUUCAGAAGCAAGGUCCAAUGGAAUAUGAAGGGGAACCAAGGACAGAUUCAAACAAUUCCCCUUCCAGAACUCCUGCUUGUGGAAUUUUCAUGGAUUUUGUAACCGCCUCACACCGUCAAAAAAGUAGAAGUCAGGCACUUAAGCAAAAGACACGCAGUACAAAACUACUUCGGCUUAUUGACUUAGAUUUUUCAUUCACCUUCUCUCUUCUGGAUCUGCCUCCUGUAAAUGAGUAUGACAUGUAUAUCAGAAACUUUGGGAAAAAAAAUACCAAGCAGGCAUAUGUUCAAUAUAAUGAUGAUAAUGUUGAAAGAGACAUUCAGACAGAAGAAAUAGAGACAAGGGAAGUAUGGACUCAACAUCCAGGAGAAAGUGCUGUUGUAUCUGGAGGUAGCCAAAAUAGAGCUGUGUCUGAUGCUACAAUUGUACCAAAGAUUGAUACCCCCAGAUUAUCUAACUUUCUCCGAGCUGCUUGUCAGGUGAUUGCUGUUUUGCUUGAAGAGGAUGGUGUGGCAGCUGUACCCACCUGGAGCCCCAGGGCUCAAGAAAACGCCUUCUCUUUUACUGCUAGUACCUCUCAGUUGAACACUAACCUGCCAUUCCUUCAAAAUCGAAAAGUAUUUUGCCUACAUGCCUCUCAAGUUCAGAGGCAGACCAUAGUUUCUGUUCAUGAUUUACCUGGAAAGCCUUUUUCAAAUCAAUUGGAUGGAAGAUACAUCCUCUGUGUUUGGGAUAUUUGGCAACCUUCAAGUCCACAGAAGAUUUUGAUAUGCGAAUCAAAGGUCACAUGUUGCUGCUUUAGCCCUUUCAAAGCAUUUUUGCUGUUUGCUGGAACAGUGCAUGGCUCUGUGGUUGUGUGGGAUUUAAGAGAAGACUCUAGAAUCCAUCAUUAUGUGAAGCUGAAUGAUGAUUUUUGGACAUUCAGGACAUCAACUUUUUCUACCGAUGGUAUCCUUACAUCUGUAAAUCACCGAAGUCCUCUUCAAGCGAUAGAACCUGUCUCAACAUCUAUCUACAGAAAACAGAACUUUGUACUUUCACCUUUUUCUUCUCAGGAAGAAUCAUCAGGUUUGUCAUUCCACAUUGCUUCCUUGGAUGAAAGUGGAGUCCUUAAUGUAUGGGUGGUUGUUGAAUUACCAAAAGUGGACAUGGCAGGUUCAGUGAGUGACCUAGGUUUACUACCUGGAGGGAGGAUAAAAUUAGUACAUAGCUCUGUGAUACAGUUGAAUAACAGUCUUUCCCAUAAAGAUCAUGCAUUUUGGGGGACAGCACAAACACUGAAUGUGAAGUUUCUGCCUUCAGAUCCUAAUCAUUUUAUUGUUGGCACAGACCUGGGUCUUAUAAGUCACGGAGCAAGACAAGAUCUGAGAGUGUCUCCUAAAUUGUUCAAACCCCAACAACAUGGUGUAAGACCAGUAAAAGUUAAUGUGAUUGAUUUUUCACCGUUUGGAGAACCGAUAUUCUUGGCUGGCUGUUCAGAUGGCAGCAUUAGGUUACAUCAGCUGACUUCCGAGUAUCCUCUCAUGCAGUGGAAUAACAGCACCAACGGCCAAGCCAUUAGCAGCUUACGGUGGUCAUUAACAAGACCUGCUGUGUUUUUGGUCCAGGAUGACACAUCUAGUAUUUAUAUUUGGGAUCUACUGGAAAGUGAUUUGGGCCCUGUGGCCAGACAACCCAUCUCUCCAGACAAGCUGGUGACGAUGACUGUAAUGGGUGAACCUGAAAAGACCAGCAGCAGCUUCCUUGCCCUGGUGCUGGCCAGAACCUCUGGGGACAUUGAUGUCCAGUACUUGAAGAGGAAGUGGACAUCUCCGGUGAAAGACGAGCAAAAGCAGCUUCGUUUGCUUUUACAGGAAGCCCUGUAG